AGGAUUUAAAAGGAUAUCCAGAUACACAAGGCAAAAAUGAGAAAGUUAAGACUCUUAUGGCUGAACUAGAGAAUUUGGAUAAAGAGAAUGAGAUUCUUAAAAGGCAGCUAACAACAUUGAAAGAUGAGAUGGAGGAUGCAACAGAAAAGAUGAAUGAAAUGACAGAAGAACUUCGUUCAACUCAGAUAAAAGCUGUAGAAUAUAAAGAAAAGAUACUAAAAUUGGAGCAGGAAAAUGCAGCUUUGGUUAAUCAAAUUGAAGAACUAACAGCACAACAAAUAGAUAGAGACAAAAUAUUGGAUGAAUUUAGUAUAGCUAUUGAUGCUAGAAUAGCUGAAUGGAAGGAUAUAUUGGACGAGAAAGAUAUGGAGAUAACACGUUUGAAGGAAAAUUUGUCGCAUUCUUUAAUGCAAUCUACUACAUCAGUUAAAGAAGAAAAUAAAACACAGAUUAAUCAGCUAAAUGAUGAAAUAGCAUGUAGGGAUGCGAUUAUAGUAGAAUUGAAAGCUAAACUUUCUGAAGCAGUUGUUGAAAUAAAUGAAAGUGCUGCACUUAUAGAAAAAUUGAAAGGAGAGACACAUGAGUAAGCGAUAUUUUCUGCUUAUAUUUUCAGUUUAUAUUU